GAGGGCGGGACUUUGGCGGGUAGUAAGGAGCGGUGCCUGCGAGGAGUGGAAGAAGGAGACUGGGCGGAACUUAAUACAAACAUUGAGAGGCGAGAGUUUCGUGGAGAGGGAAGAGGGCUUUGGUGAGCGAGGCCAGGUUCGCGGUCUCUUGGUGGGCAUGGUCUGUUGGUAGCGACUAGAUCUAGUUCCGAGUGGGCGUGGCCAUUAUGGGGUGGAGCCUGACACAGAAAUAUUAGCCUGCUCCCUUGUGCCUGGUUAGCAUGGGGCAUCGCACUCUAUCCUCCGUCCCCGCCCUGUGGGCCUCCAUCCCCUGUCCACGCUCUGAGCUGCGCCUGGACUUGGUUCUAGCUUCUGGACAAUCCUUCCGGUGGAAGGAGCAAAACCCUGCGCACUGGAGUGGUGUGCUGGCAGACCAGGUAUGGACACUGACGCAGACGGAGGAGCAGCUCUACUGCACUGUGUACCGAGGGGGAAAGGGCCAGACUGGCAAGCCCACACCAGAAGAGCUAAAGGCCCUGCGCCAGUACUUCCAGCUGGAUGUCAGCCUGGCUCAACUGUAUCGCCACUGGAGUUCCAAGGACCCCCACUUCCAAAAAGUAGCUCAGGAAUUCCAAGGUGUUCGACUCCUACAACAGGAUCCCAUCGAGUGCCUUUUCUCCUUCAUCUGUUCCUCCAACAACAACAUUGCUCGCAUCACUGGCAUGGUGGAACGGCUCUGCCAAGCUUUCGGACCUCGGCUCAUCCAGCUUGAUGAUGUCACCUACCAUGGCUUCCCCAGCCUGCAGGCCCUGGCUGGGCCAGAGGUGGAGACUAAGCUCAGGAAGCUGGGCCUUGGGUACCGUGCCCGCUAUGUGAAUGCCAGUGCCCGAGCCAUCCUUGAAGAGCAGGGGGGAUUGCCCUGGCUGCAGCAGCUGCGCAAGGCCCCUUACGAAGAGGCCCACAAGGCCCUCUGCACCCUGCCUGGAGUGGGCACCAAGGUGGCCGACUGCAUCUGCUUGAUGGCCCUAGACAAGCCCGAGGCCGUGCCCGUGGAUGUCCAUGUGUGGCAGAUCGCCCAACGUGACUACAGUUGGCAUCCCACAACAACCCAGAGCACGGGUCCAAGCCCCCAGGCCAACAAGGAACUAGACUGGGGAAGGUGCCCUGACUACAGACUCCGGUGCGAGAUCCCACCUCCUUCCCAGGGGAGCUGGCCAGCCACAUCUUCAGGAAAUGAGACUUGAUGUGAUGGCACAUUAAAAGACAUUUGGAAUCAAACAGACCUGGGUUCAAGCUUCACUUCCACCCCAUAUCUGCUGUGGAAUCUUGGGUAAAUCAUUUUACUGUUCUGAGUCUGUUUCUUCACCUAUAACAUGGCAUAAUCAUACUGGUAAACAUAUCUACUUUGUAGCACUAUUUUGAAAAUUAGACAACUUAGAAAGUGCCUUUUACCUAGUAGGCUAGUUAACUUGAUGUCACUUGUGUUCCCAGGACAUUCCUGGUCCAUAGUAGAGCUCAAUAAGAAAUGGGUCAGAGGAGUUCUCUUCCCCUUUUCUAUACAUCAGCUGUCCCAGGAUAACUGCUUGUAAUAUUAUUUUUUCUUUCAUUCUUGAAGCCCUCCAUGUUGUAGUUAAGCUCCAAAUUUGGAGUUUUCCUUCUGCCUUCAGGUGUCCACUCCUACUUUUUACCCUGUGAGGAGCAACCCAUCUUGAGAGACUCAGAGAUCCUUCCAGUAUUUACCAGAUCUCCCUGAUCUCUCUUGGCUAAUAUAGGCAUAUUUUGGAGCAAUGACUCUUGUAUUUUUCUCUGAUUCUCAACCCAUAGUACAGGGGAACCUUGUUUCUCAAACUUAACUCAUUCCAGAAGGCUGUUCGAAAACCAAAUAAUUUUUUCUCAUUAGAAAUAAUGUCAAUUGGGUUAAUCCAUUCUAGACCCUCAAAUGAUUCUCUAUUUUAACUUUCUUAUAUACAGUACAUGUAUAUUGUGCUGUUCAACCUAUAAACACUUUAAAAAAACAAAAAGACAUGAAAUAUAAAUGAAAAUUUAACAAAAAGGAAAGGAAAUGUACAGUAAAAAUGAAAAUUUAACAAUAAUUAUAAGAAGUAACAAAUGCAGAAAAACAUGAAAAUGUUCAUAGUAAAAUAUUCUGAGAUUUUAACAGUAGUAAGCUGACUCAUAUUUGUGCAUUCUCUCAUUUGUUUGUCACAUAAGAGAUGCAUGAUUGAUCAUGCAGGUAUCAGCAUGAAAAGGUUUCCAGGCUGAGAAGCAAAUUGUUCAGAAAUGAGGUUCCACUGUACCUUUAAUUUUGUAUGUGGUAGUGCUGGCAGGCCCAGAGAGGGACAGUUAGAAUAGGGCCUCUAAGUCUAAGACUUGGCUUACAAAACUGGCUCACCACCAGUUAUCUGAUCUGUCCCUUCCCCUUUCUGUAUCCUAGUUUCCUCGUCUGUAAAAUAAGGGUAAUAGUAUUACCUGUUCUUACAUAGGGUUGUUGAGAGGACCAAAUGAGAGAAUUCAGAGAGGGCUUGGAAUCAUCCUAGCUUGCUCCCUUGCAGAAUCAUUCUCCCAGAGUUGUGUUUUAACUACAUGCUCUAAGUUUUCAUCAGAGGUUGUGAAAAGA